AUGCCAUCAUCAGCCUCCAACAUACUCUUCUUCGUGACCCGAGGUGUGGCUGCCGCUGGGAAUGGUCUAAUCGGUAUCUACGCAAGUAACAUCUAUCAAGCUAGGGUUCGAAGUCUCUCUAGUGGUCUCUGUGCAGCCGCCUUUCGGCUUGGAAUUCUCACUGCUCCCUACGUUGGGCAGGUUCUUUUGCAGGACAGAUCUACUAUCGUAGCAACUGCAACCUUUGCAGGGGUCGCUAUUGUUGGAUCGAUUAGUUCAAUGCUUUUGCCUAAGUUGAGAGCUCCGUAUACUGCGUCGAGUUCUUCCUCAUCCGGUUCCAAACGAAGUCUUCCAUCACUUCGAAGUCUCUUCCACUCUCCCAGUGUUUCCAACUUCACUACCAGUCGAUUUCCAAGUACAACUUCAAACUCCACCUUUAUUACCCCGAUUCCCGUCAAUCGACCAGUUGAUCCUGGUAUUUCCAUAGUCGAGAUGACCUAUCAGGAACUUAGAAAGAGAGAAGAAGAUGCAAGAAGACCUGGAAAUGGGGAAUUCGUGAUACACGAGGACUUUGUACCACGAAAUGCGAAGUUUGAAGUUGACGCGUAG